AUGAACUUGCUGCUGUUGACGGCUUGUCCGGCGUUGUUCUUGCUGGGGCAAUCGGCGGACCCUAAGGAGCUGACCGUCACCCUCAGCGACGUCGACUCGACGUAUGGCCUCAACGGGUACUUGAUCCAGAAUUACUCGAGCGUAGUCAUCGACUUGGGCGGCCUGGACUACGCGGCGGAUGUGUCGACGAUCAUCGAGAAUCCAAAUGCUACAUUUUUUGUGCUCUUUAAUCAGACUUGGUACAUCAACUCGACAAGGCUGCCCGCAUUUCAAGUGGUCUACCCGAAGGUUACCAUCGAUCUUUCGUAUAAUGGCAACUGGGAUUUUGUGAUGUUGUUCCGGCGUUGGAAGAUUGGAGAGAAACCGAAGGACUACAGCGAAUACCAAAUGACGCGGCUGCACGCAAACCAGGAUGCCCGAUUUAACGCCGACGUCACAAUCUUUGGACCCUAUCGGCCGUACUAUCAGGGCUUCACGGCCGUGUCGAAUAUGUCCGCCAACUGCCCGCCGGUCUCGCUUUACGUCGGAGGGCUGCCGUCAGCUGCUGGAAAAUCGAAAUACCGCAUCUACGAUUUUGACUCAACCAACGUUGGCUCGUUCGGAACUGGAAUGAUGGGAUCGAAUGUGUUCACUUACUACGUUCCGAUGCCGUGCAAAGCUUCAAUCAUCGUGAAGCCAAAUCCAGCUGCUGAGGAUGAGACAAUCCUCUUCGCCUUUCGGCGUCCCAGCCACGGCUUCAUGAUGACCAACCCACUACAAUUGACAGUUUCCUUAAAUGACGUUGACUCAACUUAUGGCCUCAACGGGUACUUGUUACAGAAUUACUCGAGCCUGGUCAUUGACCUGGGCGGCUUGGACUACGCCGCCGAUGUAUCACCAAUUUUCGACAACCAAAAAGCUACAUUUUUCGUGAUUUUCAACCAGACCUGGUAUAUCAACUCCACUGACCUCGUAGGCCACCAAACGGUCGAUUCAUCCAUUACUAUCGAUUUUUCCAAGAAUCAAAAUUGGAAUUUUGCCAUUUUGUUUCGGAGAUGGAAAAAGACGGAACCCACCAACGGCGCUGUGGCGAUCACGGUCUUUGGCGGUUUCCACAACUGGUUCCAGGGCUUUACGGGCGCCAAGAAUAUGUCAGCCAACUGUCCGACCGCCACCCUGUACGCUGGUGGGAUACCGUCGAAGGCCGGCGAGUCGAAAUAUCGUGUCUAUGAUUUUAGCCCCUCCACCCUGGACUCGUAUGCCGCUGGACUUAUCGGCUCCAACGUGUUCACCUACUACAUCCCGGCGCCUUGUCAGGCGACGUUUUUCGCCGAUCCGAGUCCAUUAAAAGAAAACGAGCCGAUCCUCUUCCCGCUCCGACGCCCCGCUCAUGGCUUCUUCACCAACACCGGCUACCUGCAAAUGGACGGGUUGCAACAAAACACGUACAACCAAUUCUCGCUUGGGUUGUAUGAUGAUGACGCGGCCGAGCAAAACACGAGCUGGGACAUCGAGGUGGUCAACUUUUCCCCAGGGACCGGAGCCGACCGUAGCAGCCUGAGCUUCAUGGCGGAUGGAUGCGCCUACAGAGUUGAGCUGCUCACCGAAAACCGGAACUACACGUGCCAUACAAAUUACUAUCUGAUUCGCUAUUUUGCCGUGGACCCCACCUCGCAGUACCUCAUCAACUACUACAGCUGGAUCGAUGGAGAACCAGCGCCCAACCCCGUAUUUCCUCCACUUUUGCCCAAAAUGCCGAUCCUCGCCAACGUCGACUACGAAAUCCUCGGAGGAGCCGUCUACGAUCAUCAGCACCACGAUUAUGAGAGUGAUGAUGCCCACCCCUAUAACCGUGAGCCAGAGCUAGAGAGCGACGCCGAGUUCGUCGAGGUCUACCCGCUCUCAGAAGAUGUUCGCGAGACGGUCGUCCUCGAGGAGGUCGACGUGGAGCGCGGCGAGUCCCGCCAGACCACACGCAGCCUCUACAACCCGGUGCAACUGCGCUUUGGCCCAACAUCCACUCGACUAAAGUCGAUUUUCGCGGCCAUCUUUGCCUUUGGCGUUGUCGGCUUUAUCGUCUAUUUCUCCGUCGCCCAGUUCGAGCAGCGCAACAUGAUGCGAUAU